AUGGCAAAGGUCGAGAAGAUUGAAGAGGGCGAUUUCAGCAUCAAGCCUGAAAAUGCCACACCUGCGAUCCCUACCUCAGAGUGGCCUCUUCUCCUCAAGAACUAUGAUAAACUACUCAUCAGAACCGGGCAUUUCACUCCUAUCCCUUGUGGCUGUACACCGCUGAAGCGCGACAUCAAAUCCUACGUUUCCUCCGGCGUGAUCAACCUCGACAAGCCCUCGAACCCGUCCAGUCACGAAGUGGUCGCGUGGGUUAAGCGAAUCCUGCGAGUCGAGAAGACCGGCCACAGCGGUACACUCGAUCCCAAAGUCACAGGAUGUCUCAUUGUCUGCAUAGACCGGGCCACGCGGUUGGUCAAGUCCCAACAAGGUGCUGGAAAGGAGUACGUCUGCGUGAUCAGGUUACACGACCGGCUACCGGGCGGCGAGGCACAGUUUGCGCGAGCUCUGGAGACCCUGACGGGUGCCCUGUUCCAGCGACCUCCUUUGAUCUCCGCUGUCAAGCGACAACUACGGAUCCGAACCAUCCAUGAGAGCAAGCUCUAUGAGUUCGACAACGAUCGCCAUCUCGGCGUCUUCUGGGUGAGCUGCGAAGCCGGAACCUACAUUCGAACUCUGUGUGUGCAUUUGGGAUUGCUCCUAGGUGUUGGCGCACAUAUGCAGGAGCUGCGACGAGUACGAAGCGGAGCUAUGGACGAAUCCAAGGGCAUGGUCACCUUACAUGAUGUCAUGGACGCACAGUGGGUGUUGGACAACAACAGAGACGAAUCGUAUCUACGCAGAGUCAUCUCGCCUCUGGAAAGUCUCCUUACGACAUACAAGAGGAUUGUCGUCAAGGACAGUGCAGUCAAUGCCGUGUGCUAUGGCGCAAAGCUCAUGAUUCCUGGUCUUCUCCGCUUCGAAGCAGGCAUUGAAGUUCACGAGGAGGUUGUCCUGAUGACCACCAAGGGAGAAGCGAUCGCCAUCGGUGUCGCACAGAUGUCCACCGUUGAGCUUUCAACCUGCGAUCACGGAGUCGUCGCCAAGGUCAAGAGAUGUAUCAUGGAGAGAGACCUGUACCCUCGACGAUGGGGCAUGGGUCCCGUGGCAUUGGAGAAGAAGAAGCUGAAGUCUGAUGGAAAACUUGAUAAAUAUGGCCGACCCAACGAAGCCACUCCAGCGAAAUGGGCUGAACAGUACACCGACUACAACGCCCCGGCCUCCGCAGAGGGCACAACCGCCGCUCCGGUGAAGGAGAAGACCUCACAAUCAGACGUCCUCGCCGCGCCGCCCGUGGCUCCUAACGGUGAAACCGCCGAUACCAUGGACCUCGACACCAGCACCGCAGCCGUGGCCACGCCCACAACCAACGGCGACGCCUCGAAGGACAAGAAGCGCAAGAAGCACGAUGGUGAGACGCCCGAGGAGCGCGCCGAGCGGAAACGCAGGAAAAAGGAGAAGAAGGAAAAGAAGGAGAAGCGGAAGAGCGCGGCCAGCAAAGCCGACGACAGCGACGAUAGCGAGUAG